UGUUGGCUAGUGACAACAUUGUUAAACGUUGGCAAAUACCUGGUACUUCCUAAUAAUUUCGAACAAUGAGCCGUUACAUUUCAGUUCUUUCCACAAAAUUUUCCUAAUGAUAGACUCGUAAUUGUAGUAGUAUAAAUUUCAAUUCUUUUUCCAAAUCCAUGCCAUUUUGAGUUCUCCUCCGAUGAGCGACUCCCAUUCUUCAUCUUCAUCGUCCUAUGACUCCGCCUCAGUGGGACCCACGCCACUGAACGUUGUGGAGAGUCAUAGAAGUACAGAUGGUAGUCACCCAUUCUCUCAGGAACUCACACCAAUGGGCUCACGCCACUGGCGGGAUGUGGUCUGGAUGUUGAUAUUUCUGGCACAUUUAAUUGUGAUAGGUUUGGCUCUUGGGGUUUCUGGACUCGAUAGGUUUGGGGAAAAAGAUAGGCUGAAUGCUUAUAGUUGCAUGUUUACUCUUGUCAAGGACACGGAUGGUCUAACCGAAGAUUUCUGGCCAUUGUAUGCUGUCGCUGGCGGAGUCGGGACACUACUUGGCUGGGCUUGGUUGUUAUGGUUUAGUGCACAUGCAAAUCAAGUUAUGAAGUUCAUGGUGCACCUCUUGUCUACUUAUCUUGCUGUUAUAAGCGUGCUAUGUUUUUGGGACAAGCAGUUAUUCUGGGGUUUUGCAUUUGGCGUUGCUGCUGCAUUUCAGUUCUUGUAUGUCAUAUCAGUCAUUGACAGACUUCCAUUUACCCUUCUGGUGCUACAAAGAGCAGUAAAGAUGGUGUGGGAUCUUCCAGAGGUCAUGAGAGCAGCAAGCAUAUCUAUGCUUGUCAUGCUCUUAUGGUUAGCUUUGUGGUCCUUUGGUGUUGCUGGUGUUUUGGCGUCAAGUGUUGGAGAUUUUGUGCACUGGUGGCUUCUUGUGGUACUGUCUGUGAGUUUGUUUUGGACUGGUGCGGUUCUUUGUAAUGUUGUCCACGUUAUAGUUUCAGGAAUGGUGUUUCUAGUUCUUAUCCAUGGUGGUAGAGAAGCAUCAUCAAUGCCUCCCAAACCACUGAUGCAUUCAUUGCGGUAUGCUCUCACAACUUCUUUUGGCAGCAUAUGCUAUGGAUCGCUCUUUACAGCUGCUAUUCGAACGUUAAGGUGGGAGAUUAGGGGAUUGAGGUCAAAGAUUGGCAACAAUGAGUGUUUGCUCUGUUGUGUUGACUUUCUGUUUCAUCUAGUUGAGUUUUUAGUUCGUUGGUUCAAUAAGUUUGCUUAUGUCCAGAUUGCAACUAAUGGAAAAAGCUUCAAUAACUCAGCAAAAGAUGCCUGGGAAUUGUUCCAAUCAACAGGAGUGGAAGCACUUGUAGCAUAUGACUGUUCAGGAGCUGUUCUAUUAAUGGCCACCCUCUUGGGUGGGCUAUUUGCCGGAACUUGUGCAGGUGUUUGGUCUUGGAUUAAAUGUCAUAACAGACUGGUAAUGGUGGGAUCUACUGCCAUGUUGAUGGGCAUGAUCUUGGUUGGGCUAGCAACUGUGGUUGUGGAAAGUGCAGUGACAUCUAUCUAUCUCUGUUACGCGCAAGACCCCUUAUUAAUAUGUAGAUGGGAUGCAGCAUUCUUCGACCAGAUGUCAGAGAAAUUACACCAGCGCCUUCAACAUAGAAGUGCACGCACGAGAGAAGUAUCAAGUCAUAGAGUAGCUGAUCAAAUACAAGAAACAAUUGCUAUUUGAAUAUCACUCUGUACAAGAUGCAUCAGUUAUCUGUUAAAUGUAAUUAAUUCCUAUAAAUAUAACUCCUUGUUUUCUCCCUCAAACAACCCUUCUUUUACACCAUAUUUUUGUCCCAAUAGGUGAGA